AUGUUAGACCCCACCUUCCCAAAUUCCUCUCUAAUUCGGGCUCUAGCUGUGGGGUCGCCCGUAACUCUGUUCCGAGCGGCCCCUUCAGUGCAUGUGUUGUAUAGAUCUUUCACAAGAAAUACCACCUGGCGAUCCCGACCCGUUAGAGCUUGUACCCUUAUAACGAGCAGCAAACAGUUCGAUCAGACGGCACGUGUUGAGUUUACAGAGACGCGCCGGUGGCCGGUACAUCCGGAGGGUGGUAUUUCAUAUCCCUAG